AUGUGUUCCCCGAAUGUCUCCCUCUCCCAAUCAAAUGUCACUGGGAACCAUUUGUUCGGCGACUCGCUCGCCGACACCGGAAACGACUUGCUCUCCUGCGACGGUAAGCCUUACCACGUCGGGCAACCCCCCUAUGGUAAGACUUACUUCCAUCAUCCCACCGGUCGCUACUCCGAUGGCCGGAUCAUGAUCGACUUCAUCGACGAGAUCAAAACCUUUGUCCCCAACGUCGUCGGCGCCAUUAGCUCAGCAAUCAGCGAAUUGAUCCAACUCGGUGCUAAGACGUUGGUCGUUCCCAGAGAUUUACCAUUCGGAUGCCUCCCAACGUUCCUCAAGUUCUUCUCCGGUGCAAGCACAAAGGAUUACGAACCUGAAACCGGGUGUCUAAAGUUCUUGAACCGCUUGGUCGAGUACCACGACCAGUUGUUGUGGCAUGAGCUGAGCCAGCUCCGGCGAUCGCAUCCACAUGCCACCAUCAUCUACGCCGACUGUUACAACACCACCAUCUCUAUUUACCGGUCUCCACGACGAUACGAUGAGCCUAUUAAAAAUAAUUAG